UCAUUCAGCGCUCGGGAGCUGCCGGCGAGGGGGAGCGGCGUGGAGGAGAGCGCGACCGGUCCCGGGGGUGGGGCCGCGCGCAGUGGCGAGGGGAGGCGAAGGUGGCCGCGGCCGCAGCAGCGCGGCCAGCAGUCUCGGACCAGACCGGGGCCGGGACGGGCACUGGGACUCGGCUCGGAGCGCAGGGCGGCCGCCACAGGGCCCAUGGCGGCCUCGGGGCAGUUGUUCCUGCUCUACCUGUCGGCGGUGCUUUUGCCUCGGCUCGGGGCAGCCUUCAACUUGGACACCCGUGAGGACAAUGUGAUCCGGAAAUCUGGGGACCCUGGCAGCCUCUUCGGCUUCUCGCUGGCCAUGCACUGGCAGCUGCACCCCGAGGACAAGCGGCUGUUGCUUGUAGGAGCCCCUCGGGCAAAAGCCCUCCCGCGCCAGAGGGCCAACAGGACUGGGGGCCUGUACAGCUGCGACAUCACCUCCCGGGGACCUUGCACACGGAUAGAGUUUGAUAACGAUGCCGACCCUGCAUCAGAAAGCAAAGAAGACCAGUGGAUGGGGGUCACAGUCCAGAGCCAAGGUCCAGGGGGCAAAGUAGUGACAUGUGCUCAUCGAUAUGAAAAAAGGCAGCAUGUCAAUACAAAGCAAGAAUCUCGAGACAUCUUUGGGAGGUGUUACGUACUGAGUCAGAAUCUUAGGAUUGAAGAUGACAUGGAUGGAGGAGACUGGAGUUUUUGUGAUGGCCGAUUAAGAGGCCAUGAAAAAUUUGGUUCUUGCCAGCAGGGUGUAGCAGCUACUUUUACUAAAGACUUUCACUAUAUAGUGUUUGGAGCUCCGGGUACUUAUAACUGGAAAGGGAUUGUUCGAGUAGAACAAAAGAAUAAUACUUUUUUUGACAUGAACAUCUUUGAAGAUGGGCCUUAUGAAGUCGGUGGAGAGACUGACCAUGAUGAAAGUCUCGUCCCUGUUCCUGCUAACAGUUACUUAGGCUUUUCCUUGGACUCAGGGAAAGGUAUUGUUUCUAAAGAUGAAAUCACUUUUGUGUCUGGCGCUCCAAGAGCCAAUCACAGUGGCGCUGUGGUUUUGUUAAAAAGAGAACUGAAAUCUGCACAUCUUCUCCCUGAGCACAUAUUUGAUGGGGAAGGUCUUGCUUCUUCAUUUGGCUAUGAUGUGGCUGUAGUGGACCUCAACAAGGAUGGGUGGCAAGAUAUAGUUAUUGGAGCCCCACAAUAUUUUGACAGGGAUGGAGAAAUUGGAGGGGCAGCGUAUGUCUACAUUAACCAGCAAGGAAGAUGGAAUAAUGUCAAGCCAAUUCGUCUUAAUGGAACGAAGGAUUCUAUGUUUGGCAUUGCUGUCAAAAAUAUUGGUGAUAUCAACCAAGAUGGCUACCCAGAUAUUGCAGUUGGAGCUCCCUAUGAUGAUAUGGGAAAGGUUUUUAUAUAUCAUGGAUCUGCAAAUGGAAUAAAUACCAAACCAACACAGGUUCUCGAGGGUACAACACCUUCUUUCGGUUACUCAAUUGCUGGAAAUAUGGACCUUGACAGAAAUUCCUAUCCUGAUGUUGCUGUUGGUUCCCUCUCAGAUUCAGUAACCAUUUUCAGAUCCCGGCCCGUGAUCAACAUUCAGAAAACCAUCACAGUGACUCCUAGCAGAAUUGACCUCCGCCAGAAAACAUGCGCAGCACCUAGCGGGAUAUGCCUCAAGGUUAAAGCCUGUUUUGAAUAUACUGCUAAACCCACUGGUUACAAUCCUCCAAUAACAAUUGUGGGCACACUCGAAGCUGAAAAGCAAAGAAGAAAGUCUGGGCUGUCAUCAAGAGUUCAGUUUCGAAACCAAGCAUCUGAGCCCAGAUAUACUCAGGAACUCACUCUGCAGAGGCAGAAGCAGCGACUGUGCAUGGAGGAGACACUCUGGCUGCAGGAAAACAUCAGAGACAAACUGCGUCCCAUCCCCAUAACCGCUUCUGUGGAGAUCCAGGAGCCCAGCUCUCGGAGGCGAGUAAACUCACUUCCAGAAAUUCUUCCAAUUCUGAAUUCAAACGAACCCACGACAGUCCAGACUGAUGUGCACUUUUUAAAGGAGGGAUGUGGAGACGACAAUGUAUGUAACAGCAACCUGAAACUGGAAUAUAAAUUUUGUACCCGAGAAGGAAAUCAAGACAAAUUUUCUUAUCUUCCAAUCCAAAAAGGUGUUCCAGAACUAGUUCUAAAAGACCAGAAGGAUAUUGCUUUGGAAAUAACAGUGACAAACAUUCCCUCUGAUCCAAGAAAUCCCAAAAAAGAUGGCGAUGAUGCCCAUGAAGCCAAACUCAUAGCAACAUUUCCUGACACUCUGACAUACUCAGCCUACCGAGAACUGAGGGCUUUCCCUGAGAAACAGCUGAGUUGUGUGGCCAACCAGAAUGGCUCCCAGGCAGACUGUGAACUUGGAAAUCCUUUUAAAAGAAAUUCCAGUGUUACUUUUUAUUUGAUCUUAAGUACAACUGAGCUCACCUUUGACACCACUGAUCUGGACAUUAACCUAAAGUUGGAAACAACAAGCAAUCAAGAUAAUUUGGCUUCAAUUACAGCUAAAGCAAAAGUGGUUAUUGAACUGCUUUUAUCGGUCUCUGGAGUCGCUAAACCUUCCCAGGUGUAUUUUGGUGGUACAGUGGUUGGUGAACAAGCUAUGAAAUCUGAGGAUGAAGUAGGAAGCUUAAUAGAAUAUGAAUUCAAGGUGAUUAAUUUAGGUAAACCACUUAAAAACCUUGGCUCAGCAACCUUGAAUAUUCAGUGGCCAAAAGAAAUUAGCAAUGGCAAAUGGUUGCUAUAUUUGGUGAAAGUGGAAUCCAAAGGACUGGAAAAGAUAGUUUGUGAGCCGCCAGAUGAAAUCAACCCACUGAAACUAAAGGAGUCCCACAAGUCAAGAAUGAAACGGGAAAUUGCUGAAAAACAGAUAGACGAUAGGAGAAAAUUUUCUUUGUUUACUGAAAGAAAAUACCAGACCCUUAACUGCAGCGUGAAUGUGAAGUGUGUGAACAUCCGGUGCCCGCUGCAGGGGCUGGACAGCAAGGCUGCCCUUGUUCUGCGGUCAAGGUUAUGGAAUGGCACGUUUCUAGAGGAAUAUUCCAAGAUGAACUACUUGGACAUUCUCGUGCGAGCUUACAUUGAAGUGACUGCUGCUGCUGGGAAUAUCAAGCUGCCACAUGCAGGCACUCAGGUUCGUGUGACUGUGUUUCCCUCAAAGACUGUGGCUCAGUAUUCAGGAAUCCCUUGGUGGGUCAUCCUCGUGUCUAUUCUUGCUGGGAUACUGAUGCUUGCUUUGUUAGUGAUUGUCCUCUGGAAGUGUGGUUUCUUCAAAAGAAAUAAGAAAGAUCAUUAUGAUGCCACAUAUCACAAGGCUGAGAUCCAUGCUCAGCCAUCUGAUAAAGAGAGGCUUACUUCUGAUGCAUAGUAUUGAUCUACUUCUGUAAUUGUGUGGAUUCUUUAAUCGCGCUAGGUACGAUGAUAGCGUUCCCCGAUACUAUGCCGUAAGGAUCCGGAAAGAAGAACGAGAGAUUAAAGAUGAAAAAUAUAACGAUAACUUGGAAAAAAAACAGUGGAUCACAAAAUGGAAUGAAAAUGAAAGUUACUCUUAGGGGGGUCAGUACCCCAAAUGCUUUUUUUCCCCAACUCAGACGUGCAAAUGGAUUUAAAAGCCUGUUCGAUAUGAAGCUUGAUUUCAGACCAACAAGACACACAGUACGAAGCUACCAUUGAAACUGUGGAUAUUGUUACGCAGCUGAAGGCGGCUCCUGUUUUGCACAGCCAAAUUGAAGACUAUGGGAGCGGAUUUUUCUUUAACUGCCUUAAUUUAACUUUCUGGGUUGCCUUUGUUUUUGGCGUGGCUGACUUAACACAUGCUGGGGAAGGGCCUGCCAGUUGCACACAGGUGACAUCCUCGUGGUGGUGUAGCUGUAGGAGGGAAUCACGAUCACCACACUAACCGAGUGGCCGACCCUGUCUGCCACUGCAAGCGUCAUUCCUAUAAGGGCCAGAGGACCUGCAGAUUAACUGUCCUGCAGCUGAGGACUCUGCUGUCAGGGCAGUCCUGUCUCCGUUUAAAGUGCUGUCUUAUUAAAUGUGCAAUAGGUGACAUUGUUUAUCCUGCCCUCUUCCUGUUUCCUAGAUGUGUGAAUCCUUGUACACGCCAAAUGCACACAGGUUUCCUUCUCUUUUUCACUAAAACACAGGUGCAGCAGACUUGAAUGCUAAUUAUAUUUGUUUGUAUAUGAUAUUUAUUUUUUCUUUAAACCAUUUUGUUAUUGACUAACAGGCCAAAGAUCCUUAAUGUUGGUUGAAGCAAUCAGAAUUAGAAUAUGGAGGUCACUAGUUUGACCUAAAUUAUUUACUGCCAAAAGAUAGUAAUUCUUUGUAAAUGUAUCCAAGAGUUUUUUAAAUAACUUAUCUGUAAAUUAUAACAUUUCCUUCUUGGCAUCCCUUCCCCCCAACCCAAAAGGUUUAAGAAAGAGGAUUUAACUUUAAUUCUUAUCAGACAUCUGAUAAUAGCCUUUUAGCUUAGAGACCUGUGUGAUAUUUCUGAAUUUCAUGUUAUAACUUUCAGGAACUUUUAGAGAAAAUGACUUGUUCCUUGAACUCUGGAACAUGUUUACUCACUGCUGCAAAUAUAUUAUAUAUUCAGGGCUUAACAGAAACUGGUGAGUGCCGAUGGUGAGUCCUGACGCCUCCACUGUAAGACUACUGAGUAUCUGUUACCAAAACCGUAGUUCUGGUCAGGCAGAACAUCAUAGCUCUUAACUUUUAGAUGUCAUUGGAGCCAUUCAGUGAGUCAGUGUUCUGUUUCUGUUUUGUUUCUUCGCCUAUACAAAUUCCCCAAAUAACUUUGGGGACAACUUUCACAAGAUCUUUUAAAUUGUUUUAAUUGUAAAGCUAUUUGGAUGGGAGGAGAAAGAUGAUUGUCACUAUACAUUCAAUAGAGACUGAGUAGCUAGAAAAGUUGAAUUUUACAACUUACUGUGCUUUGAUAUAUUAAGUUAUUUGGGGAGCAACAUCAAACAGGUGCUAAUUUGAAUGUAGUAUAAGCAGUGUAUCUUUUAAAAGAACAAGACAGCUGUAUGUGUCAUUGUUGCCUUGGAGUUUCAAAAAAAUAUUUCUUUCUUUUCACAAAUCUUACACUUUCAGGAUACUAAGAACUUAUUCUGGCUAUACUUUGGAAGUUUUAUUCACAAAAAUAAUUGUGCAAAUGGCAUUUUGUUUACAAAAAUUUCUUUAAAACAGGUCAUAACAGUGUUCAAAGUCUCAGUUUCUUCCUUGAGUGAAUUGAAGCCUAACACACUGGCUUUGUUAUAGGACACACUAAGAAGCUGGUAUUUUGACAGUGUUUGUAGACCUUUGUUAUAAAAAUGAAUGUCCUGAAAAGAGGGGUGGGAGGGGUAGUUUUAACAGCAAAGAAACAAGAAUGUUAUGAUAAUUUAAAUUUAUAGUUGUUAAAAAUGUCAUCUCAAGUCAAGUCACUGGUCUGUUUGCAUUUGAUACAUUUUUAUACUAACUAGCAUUGUAAAAAUUAUUUCAUGAUUAGAAGAUACCUGUGGAUAUUUGUAUAAAAGUGUGAAAUAAAUUUUUUAUGAAAGUG